AUGGGCCCUACACAAAUCAAUCCAAUCAAUUUGGACAGUUUACCGAUUUCCCUUUCUUCUGAUGAGAGACCUAGAGUUGUGGAAAGCGACCAGUCUGAAGAGAGUUUAACAUUGGUUCCUGUGGGUGCUACCCAUCAGUUGGAACUUUCUGAAAGCAAUAACCAUCGUCACCAAGAUACCGAAGAAUCUCCCCGAGAUGAAUAUGAAGAAAUUGAGCUGUCUCCACCUGUGAUGAUGGUGCCUAGCGACAGUGCCCAGACUCCUGUAUAUGCGCAAGCGUCAAGCGCUUGUUCCCACACCUACGCACACCCGUACACGCCAGUAGAGAAAAAUAAUGGGAAAGAACACGAGUACGUCAAUCAAAUAAAGACUUCGGACUACGCAAAUACGUAUAUGCCUCUCACCAAUCUUAAGAGGACAGCCGAAAAUUCUCAUGCAUAUGUAUCACUUUUGCCGUCUAAAGAGGAAAAGGACGACAACUUUUAGGGCGACGGUGAAUACACUAUUCCAUUUUUAUAAGAACCUUUUUCAUCUGGAAGUCCAGGCUGAGACUAACAAAAUUUCAGGAACAUACUAAGAACACACCCAGGCUGAGAGUCAGUAAAGAACAUCUUUAUUUUGCUCAUUUUCUUUUCUUUGG